AUGGCAGCGGUAUCCGCGAAGUCACCUCUCAAACGCGUUGGUUUGAGUCAAGGAGCUGUAAAUGGCGUUCAAAGCAUAGUCAAUUUACAAUUCCGAAAGGAACAUCGUUCUCUUUUUACCCUCUUGGAGGAUUUAAGAACUAAAGUAGAUAAGGCAUCUGCAGAUGCAGAACGACGAUUUGAAGAAUCACAAAAGCAAUUGAAGGACACUGAAAGUCGAUUGGAGAAGCUGGAAGAUGAGUCGAGAGCUUGGAUGCAGAUGAAGCGAGAGUGGGAGGGUGAAGUGACGAGUUUGAAGGAGAAGAUGGAGAGUGCGAGUGGAUUGAUGUGUUUACCAGCUACAUCUGCAGAGCAGCUCCAACCAAUUUCACAGUCCGUUUCAGCAUUGUCGCCAGAAAUCAAUACAUGCCUUCUUGAUCGCAACCCUCGUACGCCAAAUAGACGCCAAUCAAGUCAAGCAAUAUCACCACUCGCGCAUGAUGGCCCAAUGAGCCCGCCUCCUCCCCCUCGACUACCACUCCCAGCUACUACACCGACAAAGAAGAUAAUCCCACCAUUGCUAAGCAAGCCAUUACCAAAUGCGACAUCUCGCAAAGCUGCCCGCCCCCCUUCAUGGAUCAAUAUAUCGCAGACCCCAUAUCAAACUAUCGAAGACUAUCUAGCUCACGCAACAGAACGUCACCAGGCAAUUAAAUCACGCAAGUCUCGAUUCGAGUUCAUUGCAAGAUUCAUCCGAGGGCUUUUGAAUGAGAAGGAUCGCGACGCCUUGCUCAAGCAGUUGCAAAAGGAAUACCAAUCCCGAACUACGAAAGAUGGAUUCGUGGAGGUUUUGUGUGGAUUUUCUGAUGUGGGAGAGGGAUUGCUGGCUGCUGGGUUGAUUGCUGGAAGUGGAGGUACGAGUGGGAAGAGAGGUGGUCAUGAUGCUGGUAUGGAUCAUGGCGAGGUGGAUGCAUCGCAUCAGAAGAGAAGAAAGACUUUGGAAUCUCAGUUGUCGAAUGAUGAUGAGUUGUAA